AUGGGGGACUGGAACCUGCUGGGAAAGCUUCUAGAAAAAGCCCAGGAGCACUCGACUGUGGUUGGGAAGGUGUGGCUCACCGUCCUGUUCAUCUUCCGCAUCCUGAUCCUGAGUGCUGCCACGGAGAAGGUGUGGGGCGACGAGCAGUCGGGCUUCAUCUGCGACACCAAACAGCCUGGUUGCGAGAACGUCUGCUAUGACAUCACUUUCCCCAUCUCCCACGUCCGCUUCUGGGUGCUGCAGAUCAUCUUUGUGUCCACGCCUACGUUGAUCUACCUGGGACACAUCCUCCACCUGGUGCGGAUGGAGGACAAGCGGAGAGAGAAGGAGAAGACCAGGGAACAUACAGUUCAAUCAGACAAGCAGGCCCUUAUUAUGAGCGCUAAGCUCAAGAAGGCUCUGGUGAGGGAUGACAAGGGCAGAGUGCACCUGCAGGGGGAGCUGUUGCGCACAUAUGUCUUUAAUGUGAUCUUUAAGACCCUGUUUGAGGUGGGCUUCAUUGUGGCUCAAUACCUUUUGUACGGCUUUGAGCUGAGGCCCAUGUACACAUGUGACAGGCCACCCUGCCCCAAUGUGGUAAACUGCUACAUAUCCCGUCCCACAGAGAAAACAAUCUUUAUCAUCUUCAUGCUGGGAGUGGCCAGCGUGUCUCUGUUCCUCAACCUCAUAGAGCUCUACCACCUGGGCUUCACUAAGUGUCGCCAGGGCAUCACCUUCAGGAGAGGUGAACGGUCCUGUGAGGCCGCAGAGGUUGCGGUGCCAUAUGCGCCGGGUUACGACGACUACUUCCACCAAGUCCAGCCACCCUACCCGCCCGCACCCAGCUACAACCUCUCCCCUCUGUCUGACGGCACAGACUCUUCCUGCCACCCUUACCACAGCAAGGCGGCGUACAAACAGAAUAAAGACAACUUGGCGGUGGAAAGGAGCAGCAGCAUGCCAGAGGAAUGUGACCUGAAAGGAAAGAAGGGAGCAGGAUCAGCCCCUGGGUCACCUACGCAGGCCAGGCCCGGCCGCAGUGCCAAACACAGCAACAACAAGACUAGAAUAGACGAUCUGCAGAUAUGA